GCUAGAUAGGCUUGUGAAUACAUAGUUUCUCGAGCACUAAAAUAUACGGUAUCACCGCAAAGGCACUAGAAAACAAAACAUAAAGAGAUGAUCUUCUUGUUGCGAUUUCUGCAGACGGUCAAGUGAUCUAACCUAGUCAUUGGUGAAUACACUUUUUCCGUGUGCAUAUUAGCAUGUGGGUUUUUUUAGAAGAUAAUCGCUAUGACAGCAAGCCGUUGUGAGACCAGAUUUGGCUGGUGCCUAAUUAUAUCUGUAAUUUAUGGUUAUCGUAUAUUUGUUUUUGCCGUGACUAGUAUACAUCCGUUAAGUCUCGAUGUGUUUACUCAGGAAAAUGCUGUUUUUAACUGUGAAGUCGUAGACACAUCUACUGCCCACAUGUGGCAAUGGUUUAAAGAUGAUUAUGAGAAACCAAAAUUGAUAGUAAAUGAGGGAUCUUAUACACAAAAUGGAUACGAAUUUGUAUUAAGAAACACAAGACAAGCUAGCAGCUUAACAAUACUAAACACUACAAUUGAGGAUAAUCAAAGUCGGUACUACUGUCAAUUUGGGUCUAAAUCAAAGACAGCUACCCUAACAGUCAUCGAUGGAUCACGGUUGGACCCGAUUUAUCCAGAAUGUGAAGCUGACAUCGCAACAGUCAACACUAAGAAAACAGUCAAGAUGACAUGCGGAGCUAGUGGUGGUAAUCCCAGGCCUUCUUUACAAUGGUACAGAAACGGAGUCACGAUGGAACAUGAUGAUUUGACAAAUAUGGGCGAUAAUAAUUCAUAUUUCAAUGUAAGUACUCGGUUACUGACUGUUGAAGACGAAGAAGCGGUGUUUAUGUGUAAAGCAGAGGGAUUGGCUGCUACAUUGAACCAAACAUGUUACAUAGAUAUACGAGUUUCUCCAACUGUCAUGAUAAUCUCUUCCACAACGUCAUUUAACACUGGAGAUUCACUAAAAUUCACAUGCUUAGCAAUGACUCCAUGGAACAUCACAGAUUAUAUAUGGACUGUAAAUAACCAGUUAAUGGCAACAUCCAACUCUUUUUAUAAUGUAACAGACGACAAAACAACGUUAAUUAUGAACAAUCUGCAAUCUGAUGACGCAGACACAGAAAUAAAAUGUGAGGCAGUGACAACGUCUGGAUUAACUGGCAGCAACACUGUCAUCAUUUCAUUAAUUAAUGAAUCUAAUAUAUUCAAAAUAGUAGCAAUUGUGAUUGGAGGAUUAAUAUUCUUGACAUUAAUAUGUCUCAUCCUUUUCAUAUUAAUAAGACGGAGAAGGUUACAGGAAAAGCCACCAUAUGAUAAACCGGUUGUCUUGGCAAAGCCUUCAUAUCGGGAACACUCAGCGGAUGCUAUUGUUCACAGUUUACCGCUAGAAAAUCCAACUUUCGUCAAUGAAAUAAACCUUAGCUAUUACAGUAAUGGAAUCCACCUAACCCGUCCUGUAAGUGACAACUAUGACACCAAGGUAGAUAUAUAUGAUGUCGCAGAAAAUGAUCAUAAAAUGGAGACACCAAGGGGUUUCGAAUCAUACGCGAAUACUGGAUCAAUUGCCAGUUUGGGAAGUUUUUGUAGUUUUAACAGUUUCGACGAUAAUGAAGUAAAGGUGCAGAACCAAUUGUACGCACAGUCGUUUAAAUGCAGUAAGGGAAGCCACCUAACCCCUCCUGUAAGAGGUAAACUGAACAAUGACAACUAUGACACCAAGGUAGAUAUACAUGGUGUCGCAGAAAAUGAUCCUAAAAUGGAGACACCAAGGGGUUUCGAAACAUACGCGAAUACGGGAUCAAUUGCCAGUUUGAGAAGUUUUUGUAGUUUUAACAGUUUUGACGAUGAUGAGGUAGAGGUGCAGAACCAAUUGUACGUACAGUCGUUUAAAAGUAAACAGAGCCAUGUUUCAAGUUCAAGAAACGGAAAACUUAAUUUUGGAAAUCUAUAUGCGAAACCAGUCGAUAGAAAACAUAACCCAGAUACACAAUCAAAUAAUGGAAUUGCUAAUUUUGGGGAUUCAUAUUAUGCAAAACCAAUAAAGGACAAGCAGAACCCAGAUACACGGUCAAUUGAUGGAAUUGCUGAUUUUGGAGAUCUAUAUGCAAAGCCUAUAAAACACCGACAAUCAAUUCAUCAGUCUCUAGAAAAUAUUUUGGGAUCUACUAAAAAUGUUAACACGUCCUCAAACCGAUCGGAUUCGGUUGAUGAUCUGUACAGUAAGCCGAAUAAGAAGCGUGUAACUGCUUCAUCUGAACAUUUACCACAACUAUACGCGAAGCCGGAUAGAACACACAAGAAAGCGUCUGAAGUUCGACCUAUCACAUACCCUGGUGGGACUAAAAUAUAAAAUAACACCCUUUCGAAUAACAUGGAACAGGACUUUACAUAUUCAAGCAUUGCAUAGACUAUGCUAACUGUUAAUGGUAUUUUCAUGAUGUAUAUCUGUUAAAUGAAAUAAUAGAUCAAGAAAAUCACAACCAAAAUUAGGAUAAUAUUAUAAAACACAAAAAUUAGGAUAUAUUAUAAAACAUAGCCUAUAAUGAGAUCAAUUAUGUAUAAAACGUGUAGAUUUCAUAGCCUACAAGAUGCAUAAUACCUUGCAAAUCUAAAAAAGGCCUAUAUCCAAAUAAAAAUGGUGAUGAUCACUAAUAUUCGAAAUUAUGUUUUUAAUAUAUACAUUUAUAUUUGAUUAUUACAUCAUUCCAAAGAAAAGGGAUUUUUAAUUUAAAAAAUAUGAACAUUUUAUUUUAGUGUUUUAAUGCAAUAGUGGGAACCUACUUCAAUAAACACUCCUUGUGUAGUUGCUAUUGUUCAUACGGGAUAUCAGUCUGGAUCCUCCUGUUAUUUUUCUCAUGCUUGGAUUAGUCAUACUAGAUUUAUAGUAAAUAAAUUAACAAGUAUUGUAUUGUUUUUGCCCAUAAUGAUGUGUUUUUUUAUAUUAGGUAUGGUGCCGAGAACGAAAACUAAAAUUAUAAAGUGGGCACAACCAGGAACAAUAAUCAAUUAUAAAAAUAUACAGGAACGUGAUAAUGCAGAGCAUUGAAAAUGUAGAACUUGUAGAACUGGGUAUUAUCACUCUACAGACUGUUUCAUGCUAAUGCAAUCUUCAGGAGUGAG